AUGUCUAUAGAGGAUGAAAACCACUUGUCCUUCAAGAACGAGAAGGGCAACGUUGACGUGCAAAAUGUCGAGGAUGGCGGGUACACGGAGCCUACCAAUCAAGACCUUGCCCUCAAUCGGCAGCUCAAAAACAGACAUGUCGCCAUGAUCAGUAUCGGUAGUGUCAUUGGGACGGGACUCUUCCUCGGAAGUGCAACCGCGCUCACGAGUGGUGGGCCAGUCGGCACCUUGCUCGGUUAUGCAUUCAUGGGGACCAUCGUCUGGUGUGUCAUGGUCAGCAUCGGCGAGAUGAUUGCUUUCCUGCCUAUCGCUGGUGGUCAGAUCAAGCUCGCGGGGCGGUUCGUCGACCCAGCCUUUGGAUUCGCAGUCGGGUGGAGCUUUUGGUACGGCUGGACGGUACCGGAGCUGUCUGCAGCUGCGACUCUCAUAGAUUUUUGGCAGCCGGGUGUGAGCAAUGGAGUAUGGAUAACGAUUUGCCUCGUCGUGGCAGUAGGCAUCAAUAUGAGCGGAGUAGGCGUAUACGGAGAAUGCGAGUUCAUCUUCUCCUCAAUCAAGGUUAUCACCAUCACCGCGCUCAUCAUAUUGGGGAUCAUCCUUGACCUUGGCGGUGGGCCGACGCAUGAUCGCAUCGGCUUCCGAUACUGGAAAAACCCGGGCCCAUUCGUCCAGUUCAACAAUAUACCAGGAGGCACCGGACGCCUCGUCGGCUGGUCGCGCGUCGUCAUACAGGCUGCUUUCUCCUACGCUGGUACUGAGACCGUUGCCAUUGCGGCAGCAGAAGCGAAGAACCCGCGACGCAACUUGCCCAAAGCGAUUCGGCGCGUGUUCUUCCGCAUCGUGGUGUUCUACAUUGGCGGCGUGUUCGUCGUCGGCCUGCUCGUGCCGAGCAACGAUCCGCGUUUGAAUCUUGCCGGGGACAACGCGACCGCAAGUCCGUUCGUGAUUGCGAUGGACAAUGCGGGAAUUAAGGGCCUGACUUCGGUGAUUAACGCCGCGCUCCUCACGGCAGCUUGGUCCGCUGCUUCGAGUGAUCUGUACCUUGCCUCCCGUGGUCUUUAUGGCCUCGCCACCGCCGGCAACGCGCCCAAAAUCUUCACGCGCACGAUCCGCGGCGGCUUCCCCUACGUCUGCGUCAGCUUCUGCGCAGCCUUCUCGCUGCUCUCGUUCAUGAGCCUCGCCUCGUCCUCGGGCCAGGUGUUCCUCUGGCUCUCCUCGCUCACCGCGACGUGCGGCCUGUGGGGCUGGUGCGCGAUCGGGAUCACCUAUCUGCGGUUCCGCAAGGGAUUUUUGGCGCAGGGGAUGGACAGGAGCAAGCUUCCGUACACGAGCGCGCUGCAGCCGUACGCGGCGUGGUGGGUUGUGAUUGGGUGUGUGCUGUGUAUGAUCUUCAGCGGAUAUGAGGUGUUCCUCACCGGGGGCUGGAACACGGCCACCUUCGUGACGAACUAUCUGCCGAUUAUCUUGUUCCCCCUUCUAUGGGUGGGCUGCAAGUUUUACAAGGGGACGAAGUUUUUUAUUCCGCCGAUGGACAUGGACUUUGUGAGCGACGUGAAGGAGAUCGAUGCGAUUACGACGGAGGAUCCGCCGCCAAGGAAUUGGGUGGAGAGGGUGUGGAUGGCUAUUGCGCUGAAUAUCGCCUCGUAG